CUUUUCCCCGGAAGUGACGCCUGGGUGAUUUCCAGUGAGAGCUGAGAGUCCGGCAGCGGCGGCUGGAGGUCUGGUUACCAUGGGAGCGAGUGGAGAAGGCGGCAGCCCCGCUGGAGGCCUCCCGGAACCUGAGCAACCCGGCACGAACCCCUGGAACAUCAUGAUUAAGCACCGCCAAGUUGCUCGAAGGGGUCGGAGAUCACAGAUGGCAGUGAGCUUCACCAAUCCAAACAUAUCCAUGGAUCUAUUGCGAACUGUUCUGCAGCCUCACAUCAAUGAGGAGAUUCGCGCUGUGAUCAGCAAGUAUACCAUGUUUUUUCAGAAGGCGGCAUGGAAUGUGAAGGAGAAUAUUGGGGAAGACGUGGAUCCUGAGCAACUAGUGCAGGAAACCUGUAAAAACUGUUUGGAACAGGCUAAGAUGAUGUAUGCAGAUGGAGGGAAGAUGAUUACCAAACCAAUUGGAGAGCUUUCUGCCAUAAAGCGCUCACGACAAAUGGAGGAUGACCUGAGCCAGAGAGGGAGUCCAAUCCCAAAGAAGAGAAAAGGACGACCACCAGGACAUCUGAUUUCAUUUGACCGGACGACCCCAAGUGCUACUGUCUCAAAGGUGAAGUAUACUGAGCCAAUCAAACGGGAAGGACCUAAGUGGGACCCAUCCAGGCUGACUGCAUCAACCACAUUUGUGCUUGGGUCACGUGCUAACAAGGCCUUGGGAAUGGGCGGCACCCGUGGAAGAAUCUAUAUCAAGCACCCUGAAUUAUUCAAGUAUUCUGCAGACUCGCAGGACAAGCACUGGCUCGGGGAGAAGCAUCACAUGCCAGCCACAGGGGGCAAGAUGGCUUACCUGCUAAUAGAAGAUGACAUUCGAGAACUGGCUGCCAGUGAUGACUACAGGGACUCCCCCGAGCUGAGACUGGAUGAACUCCGACCCUUUGUUGUUCCCUUCUGGAUCCUGGAGAAGAUGCAGAAAUACAUGAUGGCUGUACGGACAGAGAAGGAGUAGGAAGUUAAGCAGAGCUAGGGAGGGAGGGGGGGCACCAGAAUAUGAAACUUUUAUUUCCAGGAUCGGCUGGGUAUCCCGUGGUGUAAUUAGUCCUGUCGAGGACUGAUUGUAGUUUCUAUCAUUGGUGUUUCUGAAAGAGAUGCUCAGUGUGAGAGAGUACCACUUGACUCAGGAACUGCCAACGAUCAUGAAGCACUGAAGAGGCCACACUUGCUUGUUGUAAUACUGUGUGAAACAAUUAAGGCUGGUCGCAUUAACAGGUGCCUCUGUUACUGUGAUACAUAAAGCCUGUGUCUGAUAGUCACUGAGAUGUGCUUUUGGGCCUUACAGGAAUCUGGGCCAGGAGGGAACUAUUCUCCACAUGUUUGAAAUAUAUAAUGUUGUUGAAGUAAACCGUUGUUCAUUGACUGUGGUGCUGGGAGUGCUGCUGCCUGCACCUCAGGGAUGAACAGUUGAAAUGUGACAGUAUCCUGGCUCAAGGACUUAACAAUGACAUCCAUUUGAAGCAGCACAGCCCAAACAUUAAAAACGAUCGGCAGAGCAGGCUUCUGAAUUACCAGUGUGACGUCUUGAUUUCACAAUCCACAUCCGGGCACAGAUUGUUGUAAAUGGCACACAGACAAAACCACAGCACGAUUACAGAUUUCUUGUCUGUGCAUUUGUGUGGUGAAUACAGUUAAAGAUAUUUUUCAGUAAACAGUAUUGAGACGGUG